AUGACGAACCGUCACUCCGCGCCGAUUGGCGUGAUUCCCGUGCCUCACGGCCCGGAGACGGGCCAGGAGAUCGAGGACUACCCCCGAGAGCACACCACCCAGCAUGAGCGUCAGAUUUUCAGCCACAUCACCCGCCCGGACGACUCGUACACCGAAGACGGCAUCUACUGGGCCGAUCUGCCCUUCUGGAAGCGUGUCAGCUUCGUGAACGCCGUCGACCGCGCCGAGGCGGCCAAGGAGCUCAAGGCCACCGGCGAGAUGAUGAAGAAAGACCCCCUCUCGCCCGUCAGCUGGUACUUCCGCAACGCCGUUCUUCCCGGUGCCGGCCUCGGCCUCGAGGGUUACGUCCUGUUCUCGAUCGGUAACUUGGAGCCUCUUUUCCAGGCCGCCUGGCCUUCGUGCUGGAAGACGCACGAGGUGUGCAGCCAGAACUGGGUUGCCUCCGUCACAUAUCUCGAGAUUGUCGGUAUCAUGAUCGGACAGGCUGCUGUUGGUGUCAUCGGUGACUGGAUUGGCCGCCGCUGGGGUCUCAUUCAGGAUGCUGCCAUCAUGUUCGUCGGUUUGCUGCUGUUGACUGGAAGCUGGGCCCUCUCUCUCCAGGGCUGGGUCAUUUUCUACGCCUGGUCUCUGUUCUUCUACGGCUUCGGUGUCGGAGGUGAAUACCCCAUUACCGCCACUUCUUCCAUGGAGAACUCCGUGACCGCCGGUCGCCUUUCCACCCGCGAGGAUCGUCUUCACCGUGGCCGCAAGGUCACCAUGGCUUUCCUGAUGCAAGGCUGGGGUCAGUUCGUCAACCAGGUUGUUCUCAUCGUCCUGCUCGUAAUCUUCAACCGCGGCUCUGGCGACCCUCCCUACUCUGCGACUGCCGCUCAGUACACCUUCCGCAUUUCUUUCGCCUUGCCCGCCAUCGGCACUCUUUGGCUCGUCUACUACAGAAUCUGGAAGAUGCCUCGCGCGAACCAGCAGCUCGCGCUCGCUAAGAAGAAGCAGGGUGUUACUGGUUACGACGUUAACGCUCUCAAGUACUGCUGCCGUCACUUCGGCGGUCGUCUGCUCGCCACUGCUGGUACCUGGUUCUGCAACGAUGUGUUCUUCUACGGAAACAAGCUGUUCCAGGGCCAGUUCAUCUCCGUCAUCUCCAGCAACCCCAACUCCCUUCUUACCAAGUGGACCUGGAGUUUGAUCAACGUUGUCGUUUCCAUGGUCGGAUACUACCUCGCCUCCCUGCUGAUCGACAACAAGCUCUACGGCCGUAAGAUGAUGCAGCAGGUCGGCUUCCUGAUGUGCUUCGUCAUGUUCGUCAUCCCCGCUUUCAACUACGAAUACUACACGAGUCCCGCCGGCAUCAAGGCUUUCCAGGCCAUGUACUUCCUCAGCUCCUUCUUCAACCAGUUCGGUCCCAAUUCCGUCACCUUCCUGGUGGCUGGUGAGGUCUUCCCCACCCCUAUUCGCGCCUCCGCCCACGGUUUCUCGGCCUGUAUCGGAAAGGCUGGUGCCCUUCUCGCAUCCGUUCUGUACAACUACAUCGACACCCAGACCAAGUUCUACGUCGUCCCUUGGUUCGGUCUCGCCGGUAUGCUUCUUACCUGGCUCUUCCUCCCCGACACCACCGGUCUCGACCUUAAGGAGCAGGAGCGCCGCUGGACCUACAUCCGCAGCGGCAGGGAGCACGAGUACCACGGUGUUGCCGUCCACCCCGAGCAUCUCAGUCUGUGGGAGCGCAUCCGUGGUGUCGGCAAGUAUUACGAUGCCGAGAAGGACCACAAGGCCCAGAUCGAGGACAUGCGCAAGGAGUGGGAGGAGCGCCAGGCCGAGCAGGGCGAGAAGGAGCCCGAGGUCUGGGAGGACCAUGACCUCUUCUCCGAGGAGAUCCACGGCUACUUCAAGGACGGUCGCAAGACCAAGCCCAGUAGCGGAGUGAUGGCCAACGAUAUCGAGGCCUCCGAGUCCUCGUCCGCGAGGGAAAAAAACAGCGGCGAGGAAAUCCAGCCCAACCCGAGGCGGGAUGCGGACCUGAACGAGAAGCAAUAA